UCCAAAAAUUACUUAACCCUCACAAAAAUUUUCACCCAUUUAAAAAAUGACCACGUUUUACUUCCAUUAAAUCACAACCGUCCACCUCACCACAAAUCCACAAAACCCUACUUAUAAAAAUCCACCACUCAGAUUUCACCUCUUUUUCAUUCCCAAACUUUGUUUUUUUUUUUUUUACCAUUUUCUCUCCUCCAUUUUUUAUUUACCACUCUUCUUCAACAGUUGAUCAUCAUCAUCUUCUCAUUCAUCAUCAUCAUCAAAAAUGGCGGUUGGUAAGAAGCUUACAAAAUCAAAGAUGGAGAAGAAGGAAAUUUACAGUGCAAAGCUCAAGAGAUUGAUCGAUGAAUACUCUAAAAUUCUUAUUGUUUUUGCUGACAAUGUGGGUUCGAAUCAACUCCAGCAAAUUCGUCAAGGUUUAAGGGGUGAUUCCGUCAUUUUGAUGGGUAAAAAUACUUUGAUGAAACGUGCUCUUAAAUCAUACAUUCAAGAAACUGGUAAUGAUACCAUUCAACCUCUUAUUGGCCUUCUCCAGGGGAAUGUUGGUUUGAUCUUUACUAAGGGUGAUUUGAAGGAAGUUCGUGAGGAACUUGGCAAAUACAAGGUUGGUGCACCAGCUCGUGUUAACCUCGUUGCUCCUGUUGAUGUCAUCAUUCCACCUGGAAACACCGGGCUUGAUCCAUCCCAAACCUCCUUUUUUCAGAUUCUGAACAUCCCAACCAAAAUUAACAAGGGUACAGUCGAAAUCAUCACUCCAGUGGAGAUCAUCAAGAAGGGUGACAAAGUGGGUUCCUCUGAGGCUGCACUUCUUUCCAAGCUAGCAAUCAAGCCCUUCUCUUAUGGUCUUAUAGUCACAAAGGUUUACGAGGAUGGUUCCGUGUAUGAUCCAGAGGUGUUAGACUUGACUGAAGAUGAUCUCGCGGUUAGGUUUGCUUCAGGGCUUGCUAAUGUCACUUCACUCGCCCUCAGUAUCUCGUUUCCCACCCUCGCUGCUGCCCCGCACAUGCUCAUCAACGCCUACAAGAAUGUGCUGGCUGUUGCUGUUGCCACUGAUUACACUUUCCCACAAGCUGAGGAAGUCAAAGAAUAUCUCAAGGACCCAAGCAAGUUCGCUGCUGCAGUAGCUCCAGUGGCUUCUUCUACCGGCGGUGCUGCUUCAGCCGGCGCUCCAAAGGAGGAGGAGAAGAAGGAAGAAGCAGAGGAGUCCGAUGAUGACAACAUGCUUAGCUUGUUCGAUGAUUAGCCUAGUUUCCUUACCACGCAAAUAUCAUUAGCCAAGUAUAAUUUUCCUUAGGCGGCCUGGUUUCAUGUUUUUGGGUGUUGAACAAAACUUCUAUUUUCUUUUCUUCCUUAAUCUACUCUUAAAAACUAUUUCAAAUCAUGUACUACGAAGUACGGAGUAGAAAAUUUUUAUUAUCGGUAAAAACUUGAUUUAUCUAUCGGGUAAA